CAACGUCACGACGCUCUCACACAUGGAAUGUGACGUCACACUCUCGCGACACGAGACUUGUGACGUCUGUAUUAGCUGUCCGGAAGGAACCAAGAAGCUAGACGGUAACGGGGCUCCGGGACUUUUAAACAGCGUUCCAGGACUUCGGGUUGUGUUAAGAAACCCAGGACUAUCUGGGGGAAAGUGUAACUGUUGGGCGGUGUCUAGUUCCACCGGCAUCACUGACACCAUGCAGCAGCAGGGACCCUAAUGAUCUGCACACUAUCUGUAAUGGACCGGGGGGGUGGAUACACAUAUCCUGAGCUACAGCACGCAGCCAACGAAAUGAGCCCAGCAGCUGCUAUGCUUUACCAACCAAGCCAGCCUGACUCUGAGACCGCAACGCCGGCUGGCAACCUGUGGACCCAUAACACAUAUUCACCUGCUCAUUGCUUGCCCCAUGCUUCUCUUACCAGCCCAAGUCAACCAUUUUUGAAUUACCCAGCGCAUUCAAACUUUUUCCAAGACUUAGCCUCUCAGAGAUUCUCCUCUUCCUUCUCAGGUUUAAGCUACUGCGACUUUCAGGAACCAUCCCUGACAAAUGAUUUCUCCAACCAGUCCAUCCUUUCAUCUUCUCCAGAUUCUUUAUCUGAUAUUAAUACCCAGGAUUUCCUGACAAUAGAGGGUCUGGAUAGGGUGCCAACCUUAUGGGAUAUCAGCACACCACCUCAAGAUUUCAGUAAUCCCCAUCUCUUCCAUCCUAACCCUCCCCUUCCAGCUCUGGAAACAUUUGAAGACUUGCAAGCGAUAAUCAAUACUCCCUCUACACAAGAACGGCUUCCCCCAGAGGAGGAAGAGGAAGAUGAGGAUACUGAAGAAUUAGGGCACACAGAAACAUAUGCUGACUAUGUGCCAUCUAAAUCUAAAAUUGGUAGGCAGCAUCCAGACCGAGUGGUGGAGACCAGCACCCUAUCUAGUGUUCCUCCUCCAGAUAUCACCUACUCUUUGUCUCUGCCCAGCGAUGUUAUUGAACAAGGAUUUCUCUCUGCAUUGCAAUUGGAAUCUAUAGUAUAUGCCUGCCAGCAACAUGAAGUUAUCCUACCAAGUGGGCAACGGGCUGGCUUCCUUAUUGGAGAUGGAGCUGGAGUGGGGAAGGGAAGGACAGUCUCUGGGAUUAUCCUUGAAAAUUUUUCAAAGGGAAGAAAAAAAGCACUGUGGUUCAGUGUAUCUAAUGAUCUGCGCUGUGAUGCAGAGCGAGAUCUACGGGAUAUCAAUGCUGGUCAUAUAGCAGUGCAUGCACUUAACAAGAUUAAGUAUGGGGACACAUCCUCCUCAGAAGGGGUUCUGUUUGCCACUUAUUCAGCCCUGAUUGGGGAGAGCCAGGCAGGAGGACAGCAUCGCACACGUAUUAAACAAAUCAGAGACUGGUGUGGAGAGAAAUUUGAUGGAGUGAUUGUGUUUGAUGAAUGUCAUAAAGCCAAGAAUGCUUCUAGCACCAAAAUGGGGCGGGCGGUGCUGGAGCUGCAGAACAACCUACCUAUGGCAAGAGUGGUGUAUGCCAGCGCCACUGGUGCUUCUGAGCCCAAGAACAUGAUCUACAUGAGCCGUUUGGGAAUUUGGGGGGAGGGCACAUCCUUCAGCACUUUUGAUGACUUCUUGCAUGCAAUUGAAAAGAGGGGUGUAGGUGCCAUGGAAAUUGUUGCCAUGGAUAUGAAAGUGAGUGGCAUGUAUAUUGCAAGGCAACUUAGCUUUUCUGGAGUCACUUUCCGAAUUGAAGAAAUUCCCUUGGAGGAGUCAUAUAAACAUAUGUAUAACAGAGCAGCACAGCUGUGGGCAGAAGCAUUAGUUGUUUUCCAGACUGCUGCAGAUUGGUUAGGAUUAGAGUCACGAAAAUCUCUCUGGGGCCAGUUCUGGUCAGCUCAUCAGCGGUUUUUCAAGUAUUUGUGCAUUGCGUCUAAAGUGCAACGCCUUGUGACUCUAGUCAAGCAAGAACUUGCAAAGGGCAAGUGUGUGGUCAUUGGUUUGCAGUCAACAGGAGAAGCUCGUACACGAGAAGUCAUGGAUGAAAAUGAUGGUCAUCUUGAUUGCUUUGUUUCAGCGGCAGAGGGUGUCUUCAGGUCUUUGAUACUUAAACAUUUCCCAUCCACAAAAAGAAAACGUGAAAAAGCCAUGCAAAAGAGAAAACGGAGAGGAAAGCCUCGCAGUGGAAAGAUGUCCCGUGGAGAUCUGGGAUUAAUACGUAUCAGUGAGGAAAGCAGCUCGGAUUCUGAAGGAGGGUUGGAUAGUGAUUUCAACUCUUCACCUGAGUCAUUUCAAGAUGAUGAUGUAAUUUAUAUAGAACGCACAAUGAAUGGAAUGACUCUUCCUGAUCGUGUUCCUGAAGUGGACCGUCUGAAGAUGGAGCUUCUAGCAAAAGUUGAGACAUUAGGAAAGGAAUUACCUCUUAAUACUCUGGAUGAGCUUAUAGAUCAGUUUGGGGGUCCAGAAAAGGUGGCCGAGAUGACUGGGAGAAAGGGUCGUGUGGUUCGUAAAAGUGACAGAACUGUUCAGUUUGAAUCUCGAGCUGAGCAGAAUCUAUCCAUAGAUAAUGUAAAUCUAAGAGAAAAGGAACGUUUCAUGAACGGAGAAAAGUUGGUAGCAAUAAUCUCAGAGGCAUCAAGUUCUGGGAUCUCUCUUCAAGCAGACAAGCGAGUCCCUAACAAGCGGCGACGUGUCCACAUGACACUUGAGCUUCCAUGGAGUGCUGACAGAGCCAUUCAGCAGUUUGGCCGCACUCAUCGUUCCAACCAGGUGUCUGCUCCUGAGUAUGUCUUCCUAAUCUCAGAACUAGCAGGAGAAAAGAGAUUUGCUUCUAUUGUAGCAAAAAGGCUAGAGAGUCUGGGAGCUUUGACUCAUGGGGACCGGCGAGCCACAGAAUCCAGAGAUCUGAGCAAGUACAACUUUGAGAACAAGUAUGGGACAAGGGCUCUCGAGCAGAUUUUGUCUGCUAUUCUAAAUCAGACACAGAGAGAAGUGCCUCCUCCAAGGGAUUAUCCAGGAAGUUCUAAAGAAUUUUUUCAGGAAAUAAAGCAAGGGCUUCUGUCUGUGGGGAUUUGCUGCAGGGAAACAAAGCAUAAUGCUAUUGAUAAGGAAUGUUCAGUCACCAAGUUCCUCAACCGGAUGCUUGGGCUUGAAGUUCAUAAGCAGAACAGCCUCUUCCAGUUUUUUUCUGAUACAUUUGAUUAUCUUAUUGAAAAGGACAAAAAGGAAGGAAAAUAUGACAUGGGCAUAUUGGAUCUGGCCCCUGGAGUGGAUGAGAUUUACCAAGAGAGUAAAGAGACUUUCAUGACACCUGGACACCCUCAGGAUGGACAAGUAGUAUUUUACACGAUCAGUGUUGAUCGGGGGAUGAGCUGGGCAAAAGCACUUGAAAAAUACCAGAAUCUUAAAGACCAACACGAAGGCUUCUACCUGUCUUACAGGGCUCGUGGGACAAUGUUUUCAGCAGUUUUAGCAGAACAUCGACAUGGGAAGUACUUCAACCUGUACAAACCUAACAUUGGAAGACAGAGCCAGGCUGAAGCGUUGGAUAGUCUUCUCAGUAAAUAUCACAAGGUUUCUCCAGAGGAGGCUAUGGAGCAUUGGGAAGACCAGUACAAUUUCUCUUUACAUAACUGCAGUCACACCAUGUGUAGGAAUGGGAAUUGCAAAGGUUUACAACAAGGAAAAAAGUGUGUGCAAGGGCUUCGUCUGCGAUAUUAUUAUAUGCUGUGUGGCUCUCUCCUUCGUGUUUGGAGUCGGAUGGCCUCAGUGAUCUCUGAUAUUACCAGCAGCAGCUACCUGCAGAUAGUACGACUGAAAACCAAAGACAAACACAAGCAAGUUGGUAUUAAGAUUCCAGAAAGCUGUGUGGACAAAGUAAAGGAGGAGCUAAAGCAAAUGGAUUUGAAUGUUAAAAGAAAACAUGAAGAGUCUCGUCAGAAAGCAGAAAAUCUCAACCAUGCCCCUAUUUACCCACCAGUUCCUUUGGACCUCUCUUUUAGACCACCACCCUUGGUAGAUUCAGAUGUACUGGAUCUAACAUACAGCCCACCACAUCCUAGUAUACAGGGACAUUGGGGUGGAAAUUCAUUUGCUGACAGUCUGGGGGAAAUUCUUUCACCCAUUGAAAGUCUCCCCAACCAGCACUUCAAUGUAAAAGAGAUCAUAGAAGAAAUGAUGCAAAAACUGAAAGCUCCAGAUCCUCCUUCGGACCGCCAGAGUGUCAUUCAUUUUGGGGGCGAACAUAAUAGCUAUUGGGGAACAGGCUGAAAAUCUAUCUACAUCAAUUGACCUCAGACCAGCAGCUCUGUACCAGUGCUGCUACUAGAGUCCCCCACUUUGUGGGUCCUCAAGUGGGUCCUGCAGAAACCUUAUGGAUGUAUUAUGUGCUUUGCAGGUAUACAAUAAUAACAGGAUUCACCUGUAAGAACUAAACGGGAAGUUUAGCUGCUAGAGCUGUUCCACUUGGGGGACACUCAGAAUACCCCACAAUGACAAACAAAGACUCAUUCUGACAAUAACUCUAUGUAACAACACAUCCGUUACUCCACACUCCUUACUAAAUGACACACCUCAGCUCGGGACCAUGUUUCCGAUGUUCAGCCCAUUUGUGUUGAAAACAGUCUGUGGAGCUCUGAGUGCCCAUGUCCUCUUCAGCGGAAGGCUGAUAAGGAUGUGAGAGCCACCAUCUUCCCUAGUGCUUGUUUUCGGUUCAUUCCUCCCACACCAUUCCCUGGAAACAUGUUUCUGGGGGUGACUCCUCACAGCGCUCAGCACUUUAUCCCCUCCUCCACAGAGCAUUAUCAAAUCAUUGGCCCGCAGGGUCGUGUGGAGCAAUAGUUUGUGAGUUGGUUGUAACAUUUGUGGAGGUGGGUGGGAGAGAUCAGAUUGGAUUUUUAUUUUGUAUCGUUAUUUAUCCUAUGCUAAUCUUUGCACUAAUUGCCUUCCUCCUGUCCUGCCCUGCCCAUCAGCGUGUGGUAGGGAAGGGCCUGGGUGUCUGCUCAGGGUAUGUGUGCGUGUGUGGAUAUGUAUUUGUGUGUGUGUGUAUAUAUAUAUAUAUAUAUAUAUGUGUGUAUAUACAUAUAUGUGUAUAUAUAUAUAUAUAUAUAUAUAUUUGUGUGUGUGUGUGUGUGUCUGCGGUUUGCUGAAACUGUAGCAGCCACUAUUUCUUUUAACUUGAUGCCAAAGAAAAUAUAUUUCCUUAAAAUCCAGUACGUGUGGAAGCUGCAGACAUGGAGCACUCGGCAGCACACAAUACACAUAGAGUAAACAUUACAGGAGUGUGACAGUUGAUUUGUCAUAAAUUUUAAGCAUCCAUUUAAAUCUAAAACCAAACUGUCACAGUUCUAAAUAACAGUUGUAAAUUAUUUGUUCAAUCACUUUAUCUCUAGAAAUAUUUUCAGGAGCAAAUUUCAAUGCCAUGCUUUCUGUGUAUGUUGCCCCAGCACAGUGCUGUGCUGAGUGAGGAUCCCAUCUCCUUUGUUUUAUAUUCCUGACAUGAAUUUUACCUUCUGUUCCUUUUAAGACAUAAACCUUAUCCCCUGUGGCAUCAGGCAUCAGCAGUAGAUUUUAAGCAGGGAAAAGAGUCUGGCUUAGUCAUUUAUUAUUUAUUUAUGCUUAGUAACAUUGCAGCCCAUUGCAAGCAGAGUUAUUUACUGGAAACAACUUUUCAGAACAUUCUUUUUUUUCUGUCCUACAGGAGGGAAUCUGUAUAGAUGAAUCCUUUAUUCACUAAUUUUGAUUUUCAGCCAAGAAUUCCAUUCAUUUCAGUUACUGACCCAACCUUAAAUGCAGGCAUAAUGUCUUUAUAUGCCACUACUCAGCUUUCCAUCUGUAUUUUUCUUACUGUCAAUCUUUCCCUGUUUAUAAAUCAUUUUCUCUUUACUCAGCUAUUAAGGAAAAACUUUUUAUUUAAUAUGUGCUGGAUACUUGUAAAUGCCUUAAUAUAGAUUUGGAAAGGGAAUAUAAAAACUGUGAAAUGGCAAAGUAAAGUCUAAAUAUGGAAAGAUGAAACCAUUAUGACUGAGAGAAGCAGUUCUCUGUAAAUUAAAUACAACCCAUGAGUAAUACUGUGACUGCCCAUAACCAAAUCCUUCUGAGCAGAUUUCAAAAAAAGGGUUUAAUUUGAAACUGACCAGUCUCCUUCUAAGUGCCCCAGUAUUUAUGUAUAUUCUAAAUCUAUACCUGCUGGACCCUUGCCCACAAGUAAACGCCUCUCAUUGGCAGGGUUUACAGUGCUCGAUCUUGAACUGCCCCCUGUCAUAGUGCCACCUUCACUUACUGCCAUAUGAAUUCUCUUGCUAAAUGUGCAAUAAAUUAUCCAAAAUGAAAUGCCACCUCCUUUAUAACUGUUUUACAAGUGGAUGGUAUAUUGAGUAAGCACUGUAUUUCACACAGUGUAAUAUACUAUUGUACAGAGGUUUAAAAUGAACUAAACUGGUAAAGCUUAGAGUCCGUGAUGGUAUUAGAAUUGUCUCACCCUGCCCUGGUUAUUGUCAACUCCCUGCCUUUUAUGGACUCUUUCUCUGCCAUUAUAGGCAACGUUGGCCUACAGUGCAAUGAAAAUAUUUUGUGUACUUUAAUGGCACAGUUUUUAAAAUAUGCAAUGUCCACUAUUCAGUGCCUUGCAGUUUUUAUUUUAUACCCUUAAAAAUGGUGUGCUUUAACGCUGGACUCAGCAGCUCUUAUUUUAGGUCUUUUCAAUGUUCAAUCUGUAUGUUGCUGAACUGUAUCUCAGGUAUUUUAACCUCUUCACUACUAGAGAACUGUGCAGCAUUGAGCCAGCACCUCUGGCAGUUAAGGGAUUAAGAGGAGCUGCUGUUUCUCUCCCAUCUCCCUCCUCAGAAUGUCAGGUUAUCCCUAGCAGAUCACUUCCCAGUGUCCAAUAUGUUGGACAGAUGUGUUUUGCUGUAAGUUAUUUUGAUGUGUGCUACUGAUCCUGCGUUUUCCCGCAUGGGUUCUCUUGAGCAUAUUUAUGAGUCUGUAAUAUAUAAAUAUAUAUAUAUGUGUAUGUAUACAGUUUUAUUUAGAAUAUGUGCCUUCAAGUAAUUCCUACAUUUUCUACUUGUAUUCAAAAAGCUGGAUUGGCAAGUCAACCCAACCCGCAUCAGUAAAAUUUUCAAUCCAAAUGAUGUAAA